AAUAUUUUUUUCCCCUUUUCCUCUCCCUUUUCGAUCACUCCAUCCACCCUUUCAUAAUGAUCACUUAUUACUCUCAUCAUUUCUUCCAAUACCCAAUAUAUUUUAUCCCGAUUACUACUUCAAUAUUUCCAUCAAUUUUUUUGUAGUUUUUUUUUUUGCUAGACCCAGAAGAACUUCUUCUUCUUUCUAGGGUUUUUGGUCUCUCGAUUAAUUUGAGUUGGGGGGCCUGGAAUUGGAUAAAUUGAAUGAAAGAUGGAGAAUGGAGAGGCCAAUUUAGCUGGUAAAUUUGCAGGCUUGGCAGUGAAUGAUUCCAAUAAUAGCAUGAAUAGCAGCAGUAAUCCCAACAACAACGAUGGAUUGUUUCAGGUUAUGAAAGCAGUUGAAGCUGCCGAGGCUACCAUUAAGCAACAGGUGGAUGAAAACAAUCGUUUGAGGGCUGAACUUCAGAAGAAGAUUCAAGAACUUGAAAAAUAUAAAUCAAAUGACCUGAAAGUGCAUCAUUCAGAUCUGAUUAAUCAUUCUGGUGAUAAUGCUCGUAUAGCUUCUUAUGAUAAUCAGCCUGUCUUUGGGGUCGAAAACCAAGUAGAUCGGAUCGCAAGUUUGGACAACUCUUCUAGUCGUGGUUUGCCUAACGCAGUUAUUCCAAACAAAGAUUUAGUUAACAAUGAUGACCAUCUUGUAAUGCAAGCUUGUGCAGAAGUUCAAUCUGAAAAUAGCAGGUCCAAUGGCACAUUGAAUGUUUUCAGUGGUGGUCAGGUGGCAACAGAGAAUAUAGGGUUUUCCCAACAAUCUUCACCAUCUACAACAUCAUUUUCUACUAGCAGGUUUCAAGCUGAUGAAGAGUUGAAUCCACAACAAAAUUUACCCACACAGGGACUGAUGUCUGUGGCGCAGGAUCUUGCUUUGAAUAAUCGGGAACAUGAAGAAGAGAUUUUGCGAUUAAGAAAGCAUCUUGCAGAAUAUUCAGUUAAGGAAGCACAAAUAAGGAAUGAGAAAUAUGUGUUGGAGAAGCGCAUUGCAUAUAUGCGUAUGGCCUUUGAUCAACAGCAACAGGAUCUUGUUGAUGCUGCAUCUAAAGCAAUUUCCUAUAGGCAAGACAUAAUAGAAGAAAAUAUACGCCUAACAUAUGCAUUACAGGCAGCACAGCAAGAGAGAUCAACGUUUGUAUCUUCGUUAAUGCCUCUUCUUGCUGAGUAUGCUUUUCAACCACAUGCAGCUGAUGCACAAACCAUUGUCAGUCAUGUCAAGGUACUGUUUAGACACAUGCAAGAGAAGCUUCUUGUCACAGAGGCGAAGUUAAAGGAGUCCCAGUACCAGUUGGCACCUUGGCGUUCUGAUGUAAACCCCUCGAAUUUUUCUCCGUCGCCAUCUCAUUCUUCUGGGAUAAAAAAUGGGCUUGAAUUGGUGCCUCAACCACCAUAUUCUAAUGGGAAGAUCCCUAUGACUUCAGACCCUCAGACAACAACAGACUGGGAUUUAUUGGGGAAUCGCCAGAGUGCUUUGGGGGGUGGUGGUGGUGUGAAAAAUCCAGAGUCUGAUGACUUGGGGAGGUAUUCACCUCUUGCCAGCAGGGACAUAGCAAAUCAACAGUUAGCUGCACAUGCGGUUAGCAUGGGUGAAUCAGUUCCAGUUUAUCAUAAAGAUGUGACUUCUACUAAACAAGUUACUUUCAAAGAUCUUGUCAGCAGUGAUAUGGAGGAUUCUGACUUGGAGGGACAACAGAAUGACAGAGAGCCACAAGCUAAUUGGGCCUCUAAAAGCUCAGCAUAUACUAGUGCUCUUGAUGAUGCAAGCACCUCAUAUUCUCCUUAUUUACCCCCUGUUCUUGAAGAACCUUCGUCAUCUUUCUCUGAAGCUGGAGAAGAUGAUCCAUUACCUGCAAUAGAGGGCCUGCAAAUUUCUGGCGAAGCGUUUCCAGGACGGGAACUCCAAGCAUGUGGAUACUCGAUUAAUGGAACUACUAGUUGUAAUUUUGAGUGGGUGCGUCAUCUGGAGGAUGGAUCUUUUCACUACAUAGAUGGGGCAAAGCAACCAAACUAUCUGGUUGCUGCAGAUGAUGUAGAUACGUACCUUGCUAUUGAAGUCCAACCACUGGACAACAGGAAGCGGAAGGGGGAACUGGUAAAAGUUUUUGCCAAUGAACAUAGAAAGAUCACUUGCGAUGUUGAAAUGCAGCACUGCAUAGAGAGGACACUUUACAGUGGUCAUGCUUCAUAUAAGGUGUCCUUGUCGACGGGAUUUCUGGAUAUAUGGGAGCCAGCUACUUUAGGAAUCAAGAGAGAUAGUUAUAGCAUCAAGUGCAGUGGGCCUAGUGGUGUAGUGGUUUCUGAGAAAUUUUCGUCAUCAACAAUUGUCUCUAUUCCGUAUGGUAGUCCAACAGAAUUCUCAAUAAUUGAUGGUCAGGGAAUUGAGCGCCUCUUGAGGUCAGAAAACAGUUCAAACGAUAUAAGCAGUUCAAGGGAUACCAUUGUCCUCAUCCUGAGAUUAUUUGUCAUAAGGGCUAUUGAAAGGAAGAAAGGUAAAAAGAGAGGUCUCUUCUUCAAGUAAAGGAGUAUUGUUCCUCCGUUGGGGCAGAUGUGUGAUAGAGCAUUCUAAAUUAUUGGUUGGAGAGAUGGUGAUAUAGCAAAUUGUAAUCGUAUAUAGCAUCUUUGAGCUAGACUUUGUAGUUUAAUUUCACAACUUUUGGAAUACUUCUGGGUCUAUGUAUAAAGCCUAUCAAAUUUUGGCCCAUGGGUCUACUCUUCAAGAUUUCAUUGUUCUCCUUAGAAAGAAGAUGCCUUUCCCUCUCUGGCAAAGUAGAUUGACAAAUUCUGCACCAUUCGCCAUAAAAAAGGCAUAUUGUACUUAAACUAAAAUGACUUGGACAUCAA